AUGUGGUUCAUCCUCAAGCUUUUCAUCUUCCAAGUCUUAGGGAUCCUCUUUGUCGGAGCGAUCCAAUCCCAAGCUUCGGUUCAUCAUACCUUUGUGGUAGAAGAAACUCCAUACGUGAGACUGUGCAGCACAAAGAACAUCUUGACAGUUAAUGGCCUGUUUCCUGGACCAACACUACAUGUCCACAAAGGAGACACAAUCAUUGUUGAUGUUUAUAACAAGGGCAAUCAUAACAUAACUAUUCAUUGGCAUGGAGUAAGGCAGCCAAGGUAUCCGUGGUCAGACGGUCCUGAAUAUAUCACACAAUGCCCAAUUCAACCGGGCGGUAGAUUUCGCCAAAAGAUUAUAUUUUCCAUAGAGGAAGGGACUCUAUGGUGGCACGCCCACAGUAAGUGGUGGAGAGAUACCGUUCACGGUGCUAUAAUCAUAUAUCCUAAGCAUGGAACCAGCUAUCCUUUCCCCCUUCCUCAUGCAGAGGUUCCCAUCAUCUUAGGAGAAUGGUGGAAGAAAGAUAUACUGGAGAUUUAUGAUGAAGCUCUUCAAACGGGAGGAGCCCCCAAUGUUUCUGAUGCUUUUAGUAUCAAUGGCCAACCUGGUGAUCUUUAUCCCUGCUCAAAACCAGACACAUUCAAGCUUAAGGUUGAUGUCGGCAAGACAUAUCUACUCCGCCUAGUAAAUGCUGCCGUGCAAGAAAUUCUCUUUUUCGCUGUCGCCAAACACAACCUUAUUGUGGUCGGGACAGAUGGCAGCUACACCAAGCCAUUAGAAACAUCCUACGUCGCAAUAUCCCCCGGCCAGACCUUCGACGUUUUGUUGAAAGCUAAUGAGCAGCCUGACCACUACUACAUGGCUGCUAGAGUUUACUCCGGUCCCUCUGCGGUUGCCUUCGAUAACACAACCACCACUGCUGUUGUUCAUUACAGUGGAAACUAUACACCAUCUUCACCUCCUUCCUUACCUUAUCUUCCUUACUACAACGACACCAACGCCGAACUUAGUUUCACCAGAAGCCUUCGAAGCUUAGCCGACAAAAAUCAUCCCAUUAAGGUCCCAACAAACAUAACCAAAAAAAUGUUUUUCACGAUUUCUGUCAACACGUUCCCGUGUCCAAACAAUUCAUGUGAAGGGCCUAAUAGGACACGAUUAGCUACUAGCAUCAACAACAUAAGCUUUGUGAACCCCUCUAUCGAUAUAUUGCAAGCUUAUUAUUACCACAUCAAUGGAGUGUUUGGGACUCGUUUUCCAGACUUCCCGCCGUUGAUAUUCAAUUUCACGGCGGAGGACUUGCCGUUGUACCUAGAGACACCGAAACGUGGGACGAAGGUGAAGAUAUUGGAUUAUAACGCGACCGUAGAGAUUGUUUUUCAAGGCACGAAUUUGGUGGGUGGGAAUGAUCAUCCAAUGCAUCUCCAUGGAUUUAGUUUCUUCGUUGUUGGAUCGGGUCUUGGAAACUUUGACAAGGACAAGGACCCUUUGGGAUAUAAUCUUGUUGACCCUCCUCUUCAGAACACCAUUGCUGUCCCUUUAAACGGCUGGACUACCAUUAGAUUCAAGGCCAGCAAUCCUGGAGUUUGGUUUAUGCACUGCCAUUUUGAUAGGCACAUGACAUGGGGCAUGGACAUGGCGUUCGUAGUGAAAAAUGGGAAAGGCCCAAAGGCGCAUAUCAUCCCCCCACCACCGGACAUGCCACCGUGUUGAUCGAAGCUGUUGCCUGCUGGCCCCUCGAUCUGACAA